UUGGUAGCGAGCUUCGGUUCCGCGUACGCCAUGCAUUGCAGUCACUCGGUGUUGUGUGUGCGCGCCUGGGCGAGGACGUGGCGACGUUGCUGGGUCUGUAAGCCCGUGCAGACAGUGAACGCGUGGACCUACCGAAGCGUUCGUGCAUGCUCGUCUGCAGCAGGGCGGAAUCCCGACAGGAAGAUGGAGGAGGUUUUGCAGAGGACCGUGGUGCCUCUGCCUGCGUACGAGACGAGAGACAAGGCCCCGCCACCCGCAGAGUCCAGCAGCCUGGAGUUUAUGGACUUCUACAGACAUCUUGAGAAGGCGCAGAAGCUGCUGUUCCUUGAGCUCUUGGCGAAGGACUUCGGAGUGGAUCACAGAGGAGCUGUGGACCUGGCGCUGAAGCUGGUGGACACACAGCAGCGGGACAUGACGACCAUCCUUCACGUGGAGGACAGGCUGCGUUACAGCUUAAUGCCACGAUACACGCAGCUCCUGUCUCACAUCAGCCGGCUGGAGGGUGGGCUGGAGUUCUUGGUGGACCUGCGUGCAGAUGUUCUGCACAGCACGUCUUCUAAAGUGACUGACAGUCCACAUAUGAGGGACCUUAACAGCACUCUGAAGAGCCUCCUGUCUGAGUGGUUCUCCGUUGGGCUUCUUCAGUUGGAGAGAAUCACCUGGCAGUCCCCCUGUGAACUCCUUCAGAAGAUCAGCCAGUACGAGGCAGUCCACCCGGUGCGUAACUGGACAGACAUAAAGCGCAGAGUUGGGCCGUACCGUCGCUGUUACGCAUUCACCCAUGCCUCCAUGUCCGGGGAGCCUCUGGUGGUGUUGCAUGUAGCGCUCACACAGGACAUCUCAGACAACAUCCAGAGUAUCGUGCGAGAAUUUGCAACUCUGGACACAGUGGAGGACAUGCAGAAGAUCAAAGCGGCCAUAUUCUACUCCAUUUCCUCCACCCAGCCCGGCCUGCAAGGGGUGGAGCUCGGCCACCAUCUCAUCAAGAAGGUGGUGCGAGAACUGCAGAGCGAGUUUCCCCACAUGGCUCAGUUCUCCAGCCUGUCUCCUGUCCCUGGAUUCGUGGCCUGGCUGCAGGGCUUCCUCAGCCAGCACAGGAAGGAGGGCCGUGGCGUCGGGCUGCUGUCUGAGCAGGAGUGGGGGGAACUGGAGGGGGUCACGGGCGCGGCCCCUGGGUCAAGCGCCCUGGAAACCCUCCGAACUCUUCUGGCCUCUGCUGAUUGGCUGCAUUCGGACCACCUGACGCGCGUGCUGCAGCCUGCCCUCCUGCGUCUGUGCGCCUGGUACCUGUACGGCGAGAAACGCCGUGGCUACGCCCUUGAUCCCGUGGCCAACUUCCACUUGCAGAACGGCGCCACCUUGUGGCGGAUCAACUGGCUUGCGGACAGCAGCCCUAGGGGCAUGGCCACCUCCUGUGGCAUCAUGGUCAACUACCGCUACUUCCUACAGGAGACCCGCACCAACAGCACCUCCUACCUGCAAAAUAAAGUCAUCACUGCCUCAGAGCAAGUCCUGGGUCUGAUCUCACAGUUCCAGAAGAACAGUAAACUCUGAACUCAAAUGCACUAUAAAAAGGCUGGUGAUCUAAAGGGUUUUAAAUCUUUUCUUCUCAUGGACAUGGCAUCAAGCUUAAAAAUGUUGAGAGAAUCGGGUCCCUUUUCUCACAUCACUGUCUGUAAGAGUGAGAAUGUGAGCUCUAAGCACGGACAUGAAUUCUAGGGCUUCUCUAGUCAGUGUCUGCAGGGAUGAGGUUUAGUGUUCAACGCAGUGAAACUAUAAAGAGCUUUUCUGGUCUCUGCUACGUCGAGGUUUUCCAUUUAUCAUGCUGUGCCAAAUCUGGCUCUCUCUCUGAAAGGAAACUGUUCAGUGGUGUGACUGCUCACUGUUAGCCAGUACUUUCGCGUUGAUUCAGACUUAUUUUGUGGUUUGGACUCCAGGUAAUGAAGGAAGAAUAAUCUAUCAGCCUGUCAUGUCUCCGCUUCAGCUUGUCUGUGUGUGUGUCUGUGUGUGUGUGGUAGAAUGAGAGUGGAGGUUACUGGAAUAAAGUCUUGAUUUCUCCAUUAGUGUU